AGCGCGAGACAAGGAGAACAGUGGGGUGGUGAGAAAAACGCACGAGCUGUUCACCUGCUAAAAACCACGCCGGAACAAAACUUCAAAAAUGGAUAUAUGAAAACUGUCUGACACCAUCAUAAUACAGAAGAUCAUCCCCAGUGAGAGCACAAUGCUGACUCUACCGUUUGAGGCUCCUGUCAUAAAGGACACUCAAUUUGGGGCAAACUUUCCACGGGACUGUGUGGGUGAAAUGAAGGUCAAUAAACAAGAGCCGUUUAAAAACGAGACGCUAGACGACGAGGAUUCGGAGAUGGGUAAUAAUGAGGAUGAAAGGGAGGACGGGCAGGACGAGAACGGGUUGCAUCGGAGGAGAGGGCCUCGGAAAAAGAAAAUGACCAAAGGUCGUGUCGACAGGGUGAAGCUGAGGCGCAUGGAGGCCAACACGCGGGAGAGGAACCGAAUGCACGGACUGAAUAACGCACUGGACAGCCUGCGCAAGGUGGUUCCCUGCUACUCCAAAACGCAGAAACUGUCGAAAAUCGAGACCCUGCGGCUCGCCAAGAACUACAUAUGGGCGCUUUCGGAGAUCCUGAGCACCGGGAAGAGGCCUGACUUCUUGACCUUCGUGCAGACCCUGUGCAAGGGGCUCUCCCAGCCCACCACCAACUUAGUAGCCGGAUGUCUCCAGCUGAACGCGAGGAACUUCAUCACGGAUCAGAUCAACGGCGAGGCGUCUUUCUCUGGCAGGUCACCGUACGACUCAAUGUACACGACUUACCACAGCCCCGGUGUGGUGACGCCCUCUGGACACGGUAGUAGCGCUGUGGAUGCCGUCAAACCCUUCAGGCCGUACAACUACUGCAGCUCAUACGAGCCUUUCUACGAAAGCGUUUCGCCAGAAUGCGGUAGCCCUCAAUUCGAAGGCCCACUGAGUCCUCCUAUUAACUUUAACGGGAUAUUUUCCCUCAAGCACGAGGACCCGAUCGAUUAUGGCAAAAGCUGCCACUAUGGCACGCGUUAUUGCGCGGUGCCGCCGCGCACCACCAUCAGCCAGAGCGCAAGAGGCGCCUCGGAUCUCCAUUUCCCCUAUGACAUUCACCUCCGCGGCCAGUUUUAUCCGGUGCAGGAUGAAUUAAACACUCAUUUUCAUAAUUAAUGAGAGCAAGUCAAAUGUGACUAUAGAGUAAUGACUGAAAAUGCAGGACUUUCAAAUCGCACAUGCUUUAUUUAUUUAGCAGCCCCUCUCUCUGGGUUGGGCCGUAUGAUGUUUUAUUAUUUAUCCUUUUUAAUUACAUGGAAAAUGUGCUGUUCCUAACUGAAUUGGUUUUAUUGGUUUUAAACUAUCCGACAAAAUGUGUGGUUUGUUAUGGAAUAUAGGCUACAUCAAUAAUAACAAUGCGUUUCCGGGUGAUGAUAUAGUCUAUAAGUUUUAACUUUGAUUUUGGUCAAAUUUAAUGUAGGUAUGAUAUUCUUUUACAUGCAUAGGCCUAUAUCUGUCUGUACAGAAGCAGACCAACAUUUAUUUAAGAUAUCAAUCUUAUAUUUGCGAUGAGAAUUAAGUCAAAACAGAAAGCAAUACUGCUUAGGGUGCUGUGCAAUACACAUCGUCCCUUCUUCAUAGUCUUUAAUUCUCGAUUUGGCCCGAUAAUUUAUUCGCACAAAGUUUUUAAAAUAUUGGUGGUAAAAUAUUUUUUUAUAAAAAUAAAGGGUACUAGUAGCCUAGGCCACAUUUCUUUGUUCGUUCCUGAAAAGAAAAAAGGAUUUUUUUUUUUAUUUGCAUAAAUAUUUUUAUCGGCAUAAUUUUCAUAAUUAAGGAAGUUUCGUGAUAUUUUACACAGGGGACUAUUUAUAUGUUGGUAAAAAUGGAUUCAUCCAUUGCGUAUUAUUCAUUAUGGUGUCAAUAAUGAUAAUAAUACAAAUAAUAAUAACUUAAAACAAUGAAAAGGCUGAAAUAUUUAAAGACUGAAUCAAUUUAUUUUCCAACAAAAUAUGAUAUCAAACACAGACUAUGAAAUGCAAUCCUCAAAAACGAAAACAUUACGGUAUAUAUUAAUGGCAGAUUCAUUUGUUUGUUUAAUUCUUUUGGUUUUGUGUUAUUUAAAUGUAUAAAUGUGCACAAUAGAGUUUUGGGCAUUUUUCAAUUUUACUAAUAUUUCAAUAACUCUACACAAAGCACAUUUACAUGCGCAUCAUUUUACUAAAAGAUGAUAUAGGCUGUAGAAAAACAACGUGGAAAUGUGAAUAUGCAACAGAUUGUUUGCGGGCUGCUGAUUGUUUCACAGCUCUGUCUUUUCACAUGAAGUUAUCCAUAUGAUAUUGGUGGCAUUGCGUUCAAUCUCGGAACAAUCUGUAAAGCAAAUGCAUUUGAAGCAUGUUCAAAUCUCAAAUGGAAAGAUGUGUGUCCUGUUUAGUGAACUCAAUAAGGAAUACUUGCCUUAAUAUAUUUGUUACGCAUCAUUUAUGCAAUGUAUAAUGGACGUUUUCAGUGGUGGAUUUGUGCAUUCUGUUUUUUUGCUCACUUAAACUUUGGGAGAUAUUUUGUGUGUAAAAAAAUGACUGAAUUCACUAAAACUGGUCUUGUACCGAUUUGUACACUGUCAAACUGUUUAGUACUGUAAAAUAAACUUUAA